AUGGCUCGGAAAACUGUAAACAAGGGGCCAAGGGAACUGUGGUCUGAGAUCGAAACCGAAACGUUUGUUGACCAAUUCAUCUUAAACAAGGAUGUCAUUGAAGGUGCUUUUGAUAGUGGUGUCCCUAGAGAAGCUAAAACUGCGGCGUGGGAAAGUGGUGGCCCAGCAUUUCAGCUGAAGCCACUGUACGAGAAACUUAACAUACAUGUUUUUAAGAAAGACAACCCAUGUCUGCCAGGAGAAAUAAUUCCCGGAAGCUGUGAUUCUGAGACUCUUGACGAGGAAGCUUUAAAAUCGCUGUACGACCAAGUUCAACGCCGUGAUGCAAGGCUACAAGAUAUUGAUUUUGAAGUAACAGACGAAAUUCGGGAAGCACACAAUUCGUCUCCUGUACCAACGACACCGUUUCCUUUGGCCAUAUGCGAUGGAAGGUCGUCAGGAUUGCCAAUUGCAGCCGUGCCAGUGAUUCCAUCAAAGUCGGCCAUUACGUCAUACUCAGCAACUCCGUCAGGCUCAGCUACUCCAUCAUCAUCAGCAACUCAUUCACGACCAUCUUCUUCAGCCCCUUUUGACGGGAGUGUUAAAAAUAGCAGAAAACGUUCAUCAACCACACAAUUCAGCAUGAGGCAGCAGGUAAAAAACGCGAAAUUGAAUGUUUGCUCAUCAUCUGAAACAUCAGCAAACUAUCGUGUGAAAGAACAGCGGCUCAAAAUGCUAGUAUUUAUUAUGCAAGCUAGACGUGAACUAGGCGAGCCAUAUGACAAAUCUGAACUUCCUAGCGAUCUUCAUGAUCUUAUUUUCAACUCAAAAGACGAACUGUGAUGUACACAA